UGAUAUGAGCACAUACCAUUGUUCGACGUUGCUAUGUAAAGGAAGGAUCUCUCAACUUCAGAGAACAACAACCCAAAUGAGGACCAAUUUUUGAUCUGAGUUUGAAUAUAUGCAAUUCUGAUCAGCUUUCUUUUUUUCUUUUUGACAGUUGCUCUUUUGGUAUGGAACAGGAUCGCAUGCCACGUUGGCAAUUUCGGAAAAAGAAAAAGAUUGAGAAGAGACGUGCAGAACGACAAAAAUUAGCUAAAGAGAAAGAGAGUGUCAAGCCCAACAUAAGUCUUGAAGAAUCGAUCGCAGAGAAAGAAACGUACAAAAGGCAGAAAGCACAAUGGGAAGCGAAUGAGAAGAAGUUUGAGCUACUUGAACUAGCAAAAAAGAAAACAAAAGAAAAACAAGAGCAAGAAAAACUAGAGGCUGAGAAACGUUGGAAAGAGGCUCUACUUAACUUGCCUUUAACCAAUGUAUCUCGGAUAGAAACAAAGUCAACGUUCAAGACAUUUGUUCAGCCUCAAGAUAUACCCUCAGCACGAAAAACAUACCGAGAAAGAUUUAACGAAGCAAAAGCAAACAGAAAGUCUAGUUAAUUUAUCCUUUUUUCUUCCUAAUUGCCUAAAUUAUCCUUAAAAACCCCUUUAUUU